AUGAUUCCAACGAGGAGUGGAAAGAAAUAUCUUCUAAUGCUGGAUGGAUAUACUUAUUCGCAGAUCAAUUACAGCAAUCACUGGUUCUGUUCAUCUAAGGCUCAGGGUUGUUCGGCCAGGAUCCGUCGUUCUGAAGACGAUGUACAGUUUAUUCCGACGGAGAAGGGAAAGUACAUCCUGGUAUUGAAGGGUUUUACGUAUUCUCAAGUUGGUGGGAGGUUCUUCUACUGUUCCUCUAAACACAUGGGCUGUAGAGCAAGGGUCCGUCUUAUAUCAGGCAAACUAGUGGCGUCUGGAGACUCUCACAAUCACGCACCACCAUCGCAUGCAAGAUGUGGUAACGGUGCCUUCGUUCAACUGCGACCCAGAUCUCAAACCCUCAAUUUCCCUACAGUAACCUCAGCUAUACCCUCUACCCCUUCACCGAGAGCCUCCUUAGCUUUUCACUCCUUAAAUUUCCCCAGAAUCCUCCCCAAAACGGACCUCUGGCUUCGACCUGGUGACGAUAAAAAGGAUCAUUAG